AUGGAAAACCGCACGACGGACAUACCCCUCGAGACUGUCAUCAGUCACACGCCUUCGCAGUCGCCCUCCGCGGCCCAUAAUGAAAAGGGCGACCGAAGCCACAUGUUCAUGCGGGGACGCAGGAAGCAGGUUGCCAUAGACGAGAGGACGGGCGCGCCUCUGCCGCCAUCACGCUCUGAUACAGACAAGACGGCGCUCAACCGCAUGGGCAGGAUCUACACCAAGAUUCUAAACUACAGCAUUGUCACGCGCUACAUGAUCUACGUCGCUCCCAUUGCUCUUAUACUGGCUAUUCCUAUUAUUCUCUCACAAACCGGCACCAUCACUGGCUCGAUUGGCGGAACAAACCAGAAGAAGUUCUGGAUCUGGAUCGAGAUUAUCUGGCUGAGUUUCUGGGUCAUGAAGAUUGUGGCCCACUUUAUUCCCAAUGUCUUUGAGUUCUUGGUUGGUGUCGUCAGUCCUGGCGUCAAAAAGUACGUGCAGCUGCUGAGGGCCGUCGAAAAGUCGCUGUCGUUUGUGUUGUGGAUGGUUGUGAACCAGGCCACAUUUCCUGCUCUUGUUCGACCACUGCCUGACAGGGUUGGUGACAAGUACCCCGACUGGAUCAACACGAUGCAAUCGGUUCUGCUCGCGCUCCUCGUCUGCACCAUCAUCAUCCUCGCCGAGCGCGUCCUGAUCCAACUCAUCAGUAUCAGCUACCACCGCAAGCAGUUUGAUGACAAGAUCAAGGAGUCAAAGCGCAACAUCUACCUUCUCGGUAUUCUCUACGACACUUCGCGAAACCUGUUUCCCGCCUACUGCAACGAGUUUUCCGAGGAAGACUACAUUAUCCAGGACACUAUUCUCGAUCUUGGCUUUGGCAGCAAAAAGGGGUCAUCCAAGCAUGGUCGCUCUGGCAGCCGCACGCCCCUGCGCCUUAUCCAGGAAGUCGGCCGUGAUGCUGGUCGCAUUGGUGAUAAGAUCACAUCGGUUUUUGGCACAAUUGCUUCUGAAAUCACUGGCAAGAAGGUGUUUGACCCCAACUCUGCCCACUCGGUUGUCAUCACUGCCUUGGAGAGGAACAGGAGUGCCGAGGCUCUCGCCAGGCGCAUCUGGAUGUCCAUGGUUGUCGAAGGCAAGAACGCGCUCUACAUGGAAGACCUUGUUGAAGUAAUGGGAGCUGGCCGUCAAGAAGAAGCCGAGGAAUGCUUCAGUGCCAUUGACCGAGACGGCAACGGCGACAUUAGUCUGGAGGAGAUGAUCCUGACCGUGACCGACUUCGCCAGGCAGCGCAAGUCGAUCAACUCGAGCAUGCACGAUGUGGACCAGGCCAUCAACGCCCUGGACGGCCUCAUCAUGACCAUUGCCCUCAUCAUUUGUCUCUUUGUCUUCGUCGCCUUCCUUGCCCCGGCUUUCCGGGCCACUCUGACUACAUCGGCGACUGCUCUUCUCUCGCUGUCCUUUGUGUUCGCGACGACCGCCCAGGAAGUCCUUGGUUCCUGCAUCUUCCUCUUUGUCAAGCACCCAUACGAUAUCGGCGACCGUGUAGAUAUUACCAAAGAGGAGCUGACUGUCGAACACAUCCAGCUGCUCUACACCGUCUUCAAGCGCGUCGCCAACGGCAAGACUGUGCAGAUUCCCAACAUUGUGCUGAACGCGCUGUGGGUUGAGAACAUCACCAGAAGUAAGGCUAUGCGGGAACAGGUCUCUGUCUACUGCGACUUUGGUACAUCUUUCGAGGACAUCAAUCUGCUCAAGCUGGAGAUGCUCAACUUUGUUCGCGAGCCUGCCAACGCCCGCGAGUUCUAUCCUGAUAUCGACAUUGAGGUUGUCAGCAUUGCGGAGAUGAACAAGCUGGAGCUUCUGGUGGAAAUCCGACACAAGAGCAACUGGUCUAACGAAGCUCUUCGUGCUGCCCGCCGAUCCAAGUUCAUGUGCGCCUUGGUGGUUGCUCUGCGCAAGGUUCCUAUCAAUGGCCCAGGUGGCGGAGAUGCUACUCUUGGCUCGCAAGACAAGCCCACUUGGUCUGUCGCAGUCCCGCCAGAGGAGGCCAUUGCUGCAUACAAAAAGUACAAGGAGGCCGCUGAUGCAAGCCGCCUGCAGCCAGCCAACCAGCCCAAGAAAGAUGGCAGCGGUGCAUCCACUGGAGUCGACUACUUGGGUGCUGAAGACCAUGCCAUUUCUUCACUUAACAACCGCAGGCCGGGCCACGAUCCAGUCCGCGAUGAUACUUGGGAAGCGCGCGGCGACGACGCUAGUACGAUUGGUCGCCGCAGCACAGAUCAGAGGCCAGACCUUGACGAAGUCCGCGGUUUGCUGCGCAAGGCGAGCUCUGUAGGCAAGCGCAAGGGCGGGGCAUCGUUGUCGCCAUACGGCAUCCGCCCGUCCAUCGACACCGGCCGCCAGAACCCCCCACCGCCGCUACCACUGCAGGUAGUGCCAUCGGCUAGCCAGACAUCAUUCGUGUCCCAGUCAUCGGGGCUGGCGGCAGCGCCUUCUCGCGUUACUGGGCCCGCUUCGCCUAACUCUAUUUCUACAGGCCAUGUAGAGGAGUUUACGUACCAGACCAUUGUGCCCCCGCCCCGCUCGCAAAGCCGACCCCGCGGACCGCACACGGAGGAGGACGAUGGUGAGGGCGAGAGGCGAUGGGAAGUCAACUCGAACAAUCCAUUCAAGGGCUACUCGUCACCGGGAUCUCAGACACCGAAGCGCGACUAG